AUGGCCGUGGAUGACAAUCAAGUCAUUGCCAUCUCCACCUGCAAUGUCGGCGUCGGUCCAGGCGGAAGCACCUCGAUGCUGGCACGCGUGGCUAUCGUAGACUACCGGGGUCAAGUCGUGCUUGACACCUUCGUCGCACCGAGUCCUGCCACGCCCGUAGCCGAUUAUCGGACCGCCUCCACAGGCAUCCAGCCUCACCAUCUUCACAAUGCGCCAGCCUUCUCAGCCGUCCAGGCCCGCGUAGCGCAAAUCAUACAAAACAGGAUCCUUGUCGGCCAUUCAUUGUGGAACGAUCUCUCCGUUUUAGGAAUUCCACAUCCUGCGGUAAACACGCGUGACGUGGCCCUCUAUCAGCCAUUCCGGAAUGCCCUCCGGGUUCAGGGCGCAGGCCCCAACCAGAUAAUCGGGCUCAAGACGCUCAUGUGGCAUUUCAUGAGGCGAAGAUGUGGCGACGAGAAUGUAUGUCCGCUCGAAAAUGCACGAGCCGCUAUGGACCUCUACCGCUCUAGUUAUCAAGAAUGGGAAGUCGCUAUUAACGGCGGGCAUUGGCCGUGCGCUUUGCCCCCUUCCACAUUCUCCCGAUGUUAUACAUAG